AAAACUUGACACCGCUUCUUCAUUCCCAGGGUUCCGUGAGAGCCGUUUGCCCCACCCCACCUCUUCAGCGCUAUCUAUCUCAAUGUACAAUUCUCUGAGAAAAAAAAAACGGGGGCAAAAAUUAUUCAGAGAAACACCGCGAACGGAGCAACUCUCACCUACCUGACCGGUUCAACGGAGCGGCCGCGGGCUAUCGGCGCCGAAAGCAACUGCCUGUCUCCGUUUGGAUGAAGUGAGUGAAAAAACCCCACCGCGGUAUGUUCAUGUAUCAUGCACAUGUAACCAUUAUCUGCCGUACGGAUUCAAAGGGAAUACAAAAAGGCGAGAGACUUGACAGCGGACUGUGCUCCUGCUGCUGCUUGCGCCAAAACGGGGGACACAGCGGAGGAUUUCCACGAAUAUCGUCCGGAUAUUUGGUCGCGGAGACGGACAGCCAGCUGCCGAGAGCCGCCUGUGCUCGGCCGGAGAAGAUUUCCGAUGCGAGGAGAAACACAAAUUAACGCUACGGAGAGAAAAAGGACGGACUAGGGGCCUUUUUCCUUUUCUGUUUUUUUUUGUUGAUGUUGGUCAAACCCUCCUUAAAAAAGACAGACACCCGCAUCUAUUGAUCGAAGACAGGACUGAAUUUUUGGCACAGGAUAUCACCAAAAAGGUUGCUGAGAACCUUCCUGAAUAAAAUAAAAUGUGAGAGAUUUUGGAAGAAGCCCCGGUGUAGCCUGAUGAUUCACAUGCCGUCAUUUUAAGAGGAAAUAUUAAUUUUUUUAAUUUCUCUCCCUCUCGUCCUUUAAUGUUCUUUUUUUGUUUGAAACUCAAUUCCAACCAGUUUGAUUAAUAAACCUAAAUGUGUAUUUUUAAACAAGAAUAAUUAAGAAAGGGAGACUGAAGAAAACAGAAGUCUGUCUGAAAUGGAUUGAAUGGCAGUGGGAGUUAUCAGCCGAAGAUGGGCUCCUGAGGGGACAUUUGCUGAGAAAAUAUAAAAAUCUUUGUAUCAUCGCUAUAAAAAAAUAUAUGUGUAUAUAUAUAUAUGAAAAAAGCAAAUACUGGUGGUUGAGAUCCGUACGCCUUGAAGGAAUCUGGGGCGCAGAGAUUCAUUCAUGAGCAGCCAGAAAGCUGGAAAUUCCACAUCCACUCAUAUCAGCGUUGAUGACUUCAUUGCGGAUUUACAGUGAAAAACACGGGAAUCAAGUGCUUGAGAGGGCGGGAUCGUUUGCUCCACUUCUGAUCUCUCUGCUGAUGGUUUUCCAGUAAAAAAAAAAAAAAAAAAAAAAAACACACACCCAUAAAAAAACGCCUCGGCGAAGUCUACUACCUGACAUCUGCUUCUGCCUGGGGAACAUAGAUGUCACCAAUUUUGAGCCAGGUGUUCCUCUGGUGGUCCAGAUCAAGAAUUUAGGAUUCUUAAAAGCAUCUAGCCAUCCACGCACCUUACAACCCGCUUUGAGCCCAUAACUGGAUUUUUUUUUUUUUUUUUUUUUAUUGGGAAGAUGGGCUGUCUUGGGAAUAGUAAGACUGAAGACCAGCGAAAUGAGGAGAAGGCUCAGAGGGAGGCGAACAAAAAGAUUGAGAGACAGCUGCAAAAAGACAAACAGAUAUACCGGGCAACUCAUCGACUUCUUCUACUAGGUGCCGGAGAAUCUGGGAAAAGUACAAUAGUCAAGCAGAUGCGAAUAUUGCACGUAAAUGGCUUCAAUUCAGAAGAGAAAAAACAGAAAAUUCAUGAUAUCAAAAACAACAUAAAAGAAGCUAUAGAGACCAUCGUGGCUGCCAUGAACACGCUCACACCUCCGUGCCAGUUAGCGUGUCCUGCAAACCAGUCCCGGGUCAAUUACGUCCUGAGCCUAGUAAACCAGAAGGACUUCGAUUUUCCUUCAGAGUUUUAUGACCACACAAAGACUCUCUGGCAUGAUGAAGGUGUGCGGGCAUGCUGGGAAAGAUCCAACGAAUAUCAGCUCAUCGACUGCGCCCAGUACUUCUUAGACAGGAUUGAUGUGGUGAGGCAGAACGACUACACCCCCACGGAUCAGGACCUCUUGAGAUGCAGAGUUCUGACGUCUGGGAUCUUUGAAACCAAGUUUCAAAUCGACAAAGUUAAUUUCCAUAUGUUUGACGUCGGAGGUCAGAGGGAUGAACGCCGAAAAUGGAUCCAGUGUUUUAAUGAUGUGACAGCCAUCAUCUUUGUGGUAGCAAGUAGCAGCUACAACAUGGUGAUCAGAGAAGACAAUCAUACCAACAGACUGCAGGAAGCGCUCAAUCUGUUCAAGAACAUUUGGAACAACAGGUGGCUACGGACGAUUUCGGUAAUCCUCUUCCUGAACAAACAGGAUCUUCUAGCUGAGAAGGUUUUGGCGGGAAAAUCUAAAAUCGAGGAGUAUUUUGGAGAAUUUGCACGCUACACUACGCCUGAUGAUGCAAUACCAGAACCAGGAGAGGAUCCCAGGGUGACCAGAGCAAAGUACUUCAUACGGGAUGAGUUUUUGGUUCGUGCAAAGAGGAUCAGCACAGCCAGUGGGGACGGACGGCAUUACUGUUACCCGCACUUCACCUGCGCCGUCGACACGGAAAACAUCCGGCGUGUCUUCAGUGACUGUCGGGACAUCAUACAGAGGAUGCACCUACGGCAGUACGAGCUCUUGUGAUGCGCAGCUUCGCCAGGCCCGCCCUACUUGCCCAACGACCACCCGCCUCACUACGACCAGUUAGCCAAUCACCUCUUCACUGUUACCAAAUUCACCUAAAUGACCGAUAAGCCUGACCUCUCCUCUCCUCCACCCCAUCCUCCUGGUAAUCCAGCUUCAUAACUACGGAAAAGUGAGAAGACUUUUUACCAUCGGCUGUCAGCCUCUCAUUUAUACGACCACCCGCUCACAGGUACACAUGCACUACAGAAUGAGACGUUCAGACCCUUGAAUAUUGCAUAAUCAUGACCCACUCCAGCCUCUUGCUCUAAUAGUUAGCAGAGGGGGGGGAUCUGCUCACAUGCAGGAGUUUAUUCACCGCGUGCUGAAGAGAACAGAUGGACUCAGAUGGUGGCAAGCUGAAACAGAGGAGUGGCUGUCAGCUGUUUUUCUUGUUUUGUUUUGUUUUGUUUUAUUUUCUCCUGUGCCCGGCAUGGACAGACUAAUUGAUUAAUGGCUGCCUGCGGACGUGAGCGUGACUCUGAGAUGAAGCCACGCUGCUCUCAUGGACUGCUCUUCAAGAAACUAGUCGAGGAAACACAAGCAAACAAAAAAAUAUCAUAUGAUGCAUAAGAAUCAUGCAUACCAAUGAACUUAAUGCAGUGCAAAAAAAAAAUAAAAAAUCCAAGCUAUAUAUAUAGAUAUUUAUAUAUGUGUGUAUAUAAAUAUGUAUAUAUAUAUAUAUAAAUACAUAUAAAUAUAAAUAUUAUAUAUUCCUGUAAUAACACAAUUCAAGUUUUAAGUUUUUGUUAGUUUUUACCCUAUGUUGUUUGUCGGUGUACACAGUGUGUGAGAUCUGCCUUUGUGCACCAUUUAACCCCUCCAUCCCAAACACACACAGUCAUUCACCAACAUGUUACUCUACAUCAUUGUCCCCAUUUUCCCCUGCUGCUAUUUGACAACUAUUUAACGUGGAAAAUAAAGAACAGGUUUGACUUAUUGAGGAUAAACGGCAACAGAAAAUCAUGACGUUAAAGAUUUGCAGAGACUGGAUGCAACGUUUUAUAACUGAGCACACACACACACACACACACACACACACACACACACACACACACACACACACACACACAGAUGAUCCUCAACCCUCCUUCCUCUCCCUUCGUCUUGUUCUGUCACCUCCUCCCUCUCCUCCUCCCCACCCGGCUUUAAGUGCGUCUGUCUUUUUAUUUACUGCUGGACUAUUAUUCUUGUACAGACUGUAAAAUGUAUUAUUUUGUACAACUUUAUUGAAGAAAAGAAAAUAACUUGUAGAAGAUCCCUGUGCCUUGAUCACGACUGUACGUGUGAAAAAUGAGCUAAACAUGUAAGUUAUGUUUCACUGCGCUGUACAUCUGGACGGGCCGGUGCCGCCGCGUCCGGACCAGCUCACCCGACCCGCCGUCCCGCUGCCGCCGCUGAGCGAGACGCGAAUGGGGAGGAGCGUUCGGUCGGGGAGGAGGCCUUUCGUCUGUUGGUUAUUUACAUUGUUUUUCCACAUUUUGUUUGUUCAUUGAUUAUUUUUGUUCUGCUUUGACUCCUCUCUGGUUUAUAUAAUAGGAAUUUUAAAAAGUUGGAAAAAAAAAAAGAAAAAUCAGACACACCACCUUAA